GGGCAGUGCGGGCGGUGGUGCUGCUCUAACGCGUGUCUCGUUUCUGGCUAUUAUGACUUGUUUACAUGAAGUGUCACAGCCACAAUUUACCGAGAAAUGACGCAGGCGAGGCACCGCUGGAGUGUUUACUAUCGUCCGUCCAAACAAAAUAACACAUCUUGUCGGCAAGUGUUGCCAUGAGGUCUGGUCUUGCUCCUUGACGUCACUAUGAGUCCAGUGUAGCGCUUAGUUGCCCAGGACGUUGCACGAGGCAGAGGAAGUGUUACCACCGAGCUGUGCAGACAAGCACAGUGGAAAAAAGGCUGUUGAGGAAGCAAUAAUGAUAAUAUUAAGAGAACGUAAGAUACAGAGGUUCUGUAUUGUGAUAUAACAAAUUGACAUAGUGAGUGGGCGAGAAGGCCAGUGGAUGCAAGUUGGUUGUUUAUUGGUGUGGUAAGAGGAACUGACUCGGGUUGAUGAUGGUGGUGACAUUGAUAUUUGAAGUGAAAUGGGCAAUGGGUAAGCGGUCAUACGUCCCAUGACGGUGAAGCUCAUGCCUGUCAGCGGCUAUAGGACACCUCAGCCCGUGCUGCGCCACCGGUCUGCCCCAAGGCGACAUGCUUAAGCAUCCGGGGGGGACAGACGCCGCAAUGUGCGUCCCGGACGACCGUCCACGUAAGAAACUUUCCUUCCGGGAACCUGAAGUUGUUACCCCGUCCAGGAACGGCGGCCAUACCUCUUCUCGCCGCCCACCUGACAGUACAACUCAGCCUCCCCAUUCCGUGCUGCACCAUCCGUCCCAUGAUCAUUCGGGCCAACACCAUCAAUCUGGCGACCAGCCCCCCUCCCACUACCACCCACACACUACAAGACAGGGGCUUGGCCGCCCUCACAGUAUUGCUGGCAUCGUGGGUUUGAGUGGCUUCAGUGCCCUGGGCGGCGUACCGGGCGUCACAAACAUGAUUCCCACCGUAUUGUCUCAAGGUGUUACCUCGUCUGGAACUGUGUCCGGCGUAACCUCGAUGCUCGGCAAUCCUGGUCUUCUCUCUCACCCGAGCAUUUUGGCUGGGGCACCAACACCUAUAUUAACUCCACCCACCAGUCCCACCCAUGCAGCGAGCAGCCAGCUUGCCUCACCACUACGCCAGGGACCCGCCAGCCAGCAGUCAACACCCACCAGUAAGACAGUGCCCACUCAGGUCUCCACAUCCUCGGCCAAGGCAUCUUCACCUGUAGAAUCUCCAUCGACCUCGAAAGACGCCGUCAACCAGCAGCCUUCAUCUGAGGCCAAAAUGUCUGCUGCUCACCAUCCUACCUCACCUACCUUAAAAUCCUCCUCCAACCCGCUGGCUGCCUCGUCAUCCAAGACACCUGUCAGUCCGCCGCCUCAGCGCCACGGGAGAGCCGUGUCGCUGCAGCCCAGCCCAGGGAAGUCCUUGCCCCCUAGUGGCAGCAAAGGUACCACAGGCCACACCAAGCCGACCAAGCCUGCAUCUCGCAACAGCUCACUAAAGAAACAAAGAUCAUCACCAGUCCAGCAGGCCGUGACUUUCCUUACAGAGCAUGGAAUAGUUAAUGGCCGGCAGAGAAGCCAAUCCAAUGCAGCGGCCAAUACUCUUAGCAUCGAAGACAUUGAUUUAGAGAGCCAGGCAAUGAGAGUGGUGAGAACAGUGGGGCAAGCGUUCGAGGUGUGUCACAAGAUCUCUGUGAAGGACACGCCGCAGUCUCAGGAUUCCGCUGAAGACGAAACGAGCGAGCAGGGCUCAGACGCGUCCACAGAGAAGUUGAAGAAAGAUCUACUGGACACAGAGAGCACCCAGGAGGACCUAGUCACGCUCACUCCCUCGGACUCAGUAAAUGAAGACUCUGUGGAGCACCUACUGCAGCGACCCAACAAACUGGAACCCCUUGCGCCCCCUGCUGGCUCAGACAUCUUCCUCAAAGGUGCUGGAGAAACCUACACAUCUCCCCUUAGUGAACCUCUGCCGUCAGGUGACUCUUUACCCAUGGCUGGCACUCCACUCUCAGUGCAUCAUGAGCUGCAGCUGCUGAGAGAACAGCUUGAACAACAACAACAACAGACUCAAGCAGCAGUAUCUCAGGUUCAUUUGUUGAGGGAUCAGCUGGCAGCUGAGACUGCAGCCAGGCUAGAAGCCCAGGCUCGAACUCACCAACUACUGGUGCACAACAAGGAACUCCUGGAACACAUCCAGGCGUUGGUGUUGCAGGUUCGGGAAAUGGAGAUGAAGAUGAGUGGGAGUGGUGGUGUCAUGCCAAGCACACAGCUUCUUCCUUCACCUCCAGAGAUAAAAUCUCAGAAGCAUGGUGUUUAGUGGCUGCUGCAACGAGUGGCCAACUCAUGCUCUCUCUCUGGCCAGCUCUUGGUGACCGAUGCCAGCCCUGGCCACAGUAGCCAGUUAGCUGCAGCGUUGGAUCUUGGGGGUACAGCAUCCCUCCUCUUCCACUCCUCUGAACUACCACCCACACCCUCCCCAAGUAUAGCUCACCAUCAGUUCCUCUUCCCAACCCCAUCUCCCCCAAUCCACAUGGCAUCUUUCCCCUCUGACGGGUUGCCUAGUGGGCUUAACCAAGAAUCUAGUACUGUUCCUCACGCUAAUGAAACCUUGGCCCGUUCAGUUUCUGUGGGGCCACUAAUACACCCUUUACCUUUGUGGGGAGGUGAUGCAAACAAUGCUGGGGAAGUAACCCUGGCUGUGCCCCAACAGGAACCUUCUAUGAAUUCCAAGCUGCAAGGAGUCCCUCGACCUCGAUUAGCUCAGCGUCCUGAGGAAUGCAGCAGCACCCCCUCCCUCAGCAGUGAGAGUGACCUCAAACGGGACAGCAGCGGCCAGUCCUCAGGGGAGAGUGUUACCCAGGCUGUGGCACAGCUCUAUGCUUUAGAGCCUCAUCGUCUGGCCCAAGUGCCAGAAGAUGCUGUCACUCUAGGUCCCUAUGGACCAACUCCCCUUGGUACUCCCCGCAAUCUGAAUGGACCCAUCACGCGCACUGCCAGUGAGCGAGUCUCCCGGCAGGAGACACUGGCUCAGCUGCAGCGCAUGGCAUGGGCCCGGCAUACAACAAAGUGAAAAUAUGAACUAUUGAAGUCAAUGAAAACUUCCAAAGUUUAGAAGUAAUUACAUUAUAUAGUUAAGUGUAAAUUCCUCCUGAAGUAAUGGUAGAUUUUAAAAUGGACCUUAAAAAUGCAUUCUUAAAAGAUGUUCUUGCUGAACAUGAAGUCUAUUUUCUAUUGCCCCAUGUUGAGUUUGUAAUAGGUCCUCAAAAAAAAUUAUAAAGAAAUGUUUGCAUCAGAGUAUUUCACUCCAUAGGGGACAGAAAGGACAUAUGUACGGGUGUACAAGUGGGAAUGUGAUGUGCAUGAAUGAACAGUGACCAGCUGAAGCUUCACCCUCAAAACCUGUGAUAUAGUUGAGUGUCCCUUGUGUGUUAUCUCAUUUCAUUUUAUCAUUCUUAUUCUUAUUAUCAUUAUUGCUAUUAUUAUUAUUAUUAUUAUUAUUAUUAUUAUUAUUAUUAUUAUUAUUAUUAUUAUAUUUUUAUGAUUUAUAUUCUUUUAUCUUGGCUGCCCCACCUUACAGGGAAUAACAGCAUAAUUUAUAAAUAGUUACAUUACUAUUAUUUUUACUUUAUUAUCAUUACCAUUAUUAUUAUUAUUUUAUUAUUAUUAUUAUUAUUAUUAUUAUUAUUAUUAUUAUUAUUAUUAUUGCUGAAAUAAUUCUCAUUACUGCUCUUAACAUUCAGUGUACAAAGCAAGAUCUUGAUAACUAUUAGCCAUGAAGGCUGCCCACUUGGAUGUUGAAUCUCACAACUUCCAAUAAAGUUAGACUACUUCUUGCAGGAUUAAUUUAUAUGAAAGAAGCAUUCUGUGCAGUGGCAGCUUGUUCUUUAAUCUUAAAGAGAACUCCAUGUAAUCUAGUUUAAGACAAAACAAUUGAUUAUUAAUGAAUGUAAUGUCAACAUGCUGUGGGACAUAAUGACAGGGAGUCUGGAGGUGGCUGGCUUAAGCUUGAAGCUCCCAUGGAAGGUGACCUAUGGAUUGUUCAGAGUUGAUGUCAUGAUCAUGCCAUAUCACCAGUGUUAAUAUAGAAGCAUCAAUGUAGGUCACAUGCGAGAGCAUUGUGUUUGUGGCAAAAGUGUACAUCACCAACCUGAACCAUUUCCCAGCUCCAUAUUCCUUUGUAUAUAUUUCCAAACUAGCAUAAGAUACAUGUUCUGUAUAUUUUUAUGUACACUUCAGAGGUAGGCGACAAGACAAAUCAUACCAGUAAAUACACUGUAUGUAGCAUUAAGGAUCUGGAAUCUCAUAUGAUUAGUUCCUUGGUCGUUGUAACCCAUUUUUUAUUGUCAUGUAGCUACUGACGUUAUUAUGAUUGUGUUAUAUGUCUUUGGUACCACACAUCUUGUCCCUGUUAGGUUAGCACAGAAGUAACUUUCUCCUGAUGUGGUACUACCUUUUAUGUUCCAGUGCCAACAUAGUGCCAAAGUGCUUUGCUGAGACAUACACAAGUGAAGACCAUUAUAUCAUCUUCUGUGUUGUAUUCACUCAUCAGAAGUGCUGUGGUGAAGGCAGUUAUCAGAUUAUUCUCAAUGGCUUUAACAGGAGUAAAAUAUAAAUUUGUGAAAAAAUGGCUCUAACUGAAGGAAUAGUAUUGACUGUGACUGAGAAUCUUUCUUGGUGAGGUGGGUGAUAGAGCCUAUUGCUAAAGAGGGUAGCAUGGAAUUAGAUGCUAUAUCUUCCUGUGUUUCUGAUAUCAAAAAUUUGAUUUAUUUUUUAUUGUUACAAAUGUAAAGUAGUAAAUUGUAGCCAAAUCUAAACAUCUUUUAUUUGCUGAAUUCAACUAAAAAUCCAAGUUUACACAUACGUAUUUCCCACUUGGUUUUAGAGUGAGAAACAAUCUGUUGUGUAUCUUAGAUGAUAAUCAUAAUAAUCUGGAUUUGAUAAGAAAUCCAUAUUCAUUGCUUAAUAGAACUGGCUUUUUGUUUCCACAAGUUUGAUAAACUUGGUAAUAUUGACAAUUAUAAGGUGAAAUUAAGUAGUAAUGGUGUAGAAAGUAAGCCUAAAACUUCAAUACAUUUAUCCAGCAGGUUGUGAUGAAUAAAACUAUUAUAAAUUAUUGGCAUACUGAAGAUAAAAUCCAAGACACUUUAUUUCCAUAUCAUCAUGCUGUUGAGAAGAUCAUUAUGGAUGUAAAUUACAAAUGGAUAAAAAGUAAUUUAUAUUAAAACAGGCCUGAAUUUGUUUUAUAGUUAAUCAUAAAGUGGAAAGAGCAUGAUAUAAUGUAUUUACGAUUGACAUGUAGGCCUCAAAAGAAAUGAAAUUACUAUAUGUUAAUGUAAUUUCUAGUUUGUGAAAAGAGAGAAAAUCCAUACAUGAUUCAAACCACUGCUAGUCUGCUUGAUCACCCAUGCAAACAUAGAGGCUCAGAAUGCUUGCUUAGGAGUAGUAAUAUCUUUCACACUCCUACUGGUUUAGGAGUGUUUAGAAGAGAUAUUAUAUGUAGUAUAUAAUGGUAUUGGUAGGUAUGUACUUAAGCUUAAUUGUACUUUAAGAGAAAACAUGAAGUCUAGUCUUUAAAGGUAGUGGCUCCAACAUUAUUUCUGUGACUGCACUCGGUUCAUAUUUCCCUGAGAUGAGAAUUGGAAUAAAAUUGCUUAAAUUUUGCCUCAAAAUUGUAAAAUGAAGUGCAUGUAUGUAUAGAAUAUAUAACCAUAAAAACUGGAAGACUGUAAUUUGUGAUUAUUUCACUGUUGAGCUUAUGACUGAGAUAAUUUUAAACACAGAAAGAGCAUCCAUUUCUGUAAAUGUUUCUUACUGAAACAGAGGCUUUCUUUACUCGAAGAAUUUAUAUACAGUAGUAGGUGAUGACACCUUAAAAUGGAUAUGAUGAAAGUUCUUCUAACUUCAUUGUAUACAUUUAGAGAAAAAUUAUUUAUUUACAGGGUUGUUAUAACAGCAUCUUUGAAGAAAGUCAGUCAGUUGGUACCCUUGUAUAUAGAUAUCAAGAAUCUAGACAUCAGCAGGUUCCAGCAUAGUCAUUGGCUCUUGCAGUGUUCCUUUGGUGUAUCCUUAGUGAUGCUGAAGCAAGUUUAUAAGUCAAUUUUCAACUUAAACUACUAUGUUGAUAAGUAAUUGAGGAACAACAGUAAAACUCUUGACUUCUCAUAUGUAUUUUCCCAGUAAUGUUUUUUGACCAGUGUAUGUGCAGUGCGACAAUUAAGAAACUCCUUUUUUGUUUGUGCCUACUUGAUGUACCGUUUUUGUAGAAUUCAUGUUUAUUUUUAAGAUGAUCAGAAGAAUGGGUGCAGGGAAAUGCUUAUGUUUCAUUAUAUUUUAUAUAAUAAUUUCAUAACUUGAAACUUGAAUAAGGCACUUGUCAUUGAGAUGUCCAGAUAUUCACAUGUAUUGAUUUCCUCUUUCAUCUAUCCUUCAAUGAAAUAAUUUCAGGAA